AUGGGACAACAAGCAUCUGCAACAGAUCACAGUUUGGAUGAAUCGUUGGCGUCAUAUGCUCCAAGUUGCUUUCCCGAUGAGGUUUGUCUUCAGAUCAUGUCCUUUCUGGAAUUGGAUACCAUACAUCAUUGUUUUUUAGUUUCCAAACAAUGGAGUUGGAUUGCACGAGAGAUUCCUAUAUCUCCGAAUUUGAAAAGAUUGGGCAAUUUGGAACGACGAUUGAAAUUAAUGUCUAAAUGUCAUUGUAUGAAUAUUACCUCAUUGGAUUUAUCGCAACAAUUCAUAGGAACAUCCAGCACUAGAGCACUUCAGAACAUUGUACGGAGUGAAUACGCAUCACGAUUGAAAGAAUUAAAUUUAAACGACAACUACAGGAAGGUGGGCGAUGAGGCUUUUCAACGGAUUGCCAAAUCGACUGCAUUACAGAAUUUAGAAAUUUUAAGUGCCAAUGGUUGUAAUAUUACAGAUAGUGGAGUUAUUGCAUUGAGUCAGAGUGCAACCCUUUCAAAACUCAGAGAAUUACGUUUAAUGGGAAAUCAAAUCAGCGAAUAUGGCGUGAGGUCUCUUUCAACAAGCAAGUCGAUGAGCAAUUUACAAGUGUUGGAUCUUAGCCACUCAUGGAUUGGGCCAAAGGGUGCAGAAUAUCUUGCGCAGGGAAAUGCAAAAUUCACAGAAUUACACUUAUUGUUUGGACAUAUUGAAGACAGAGGCGCAAUGGCGAUUGCUCAAAGUCCUCAGAUGUGUAACUUGACAAUUUUGAAUUUGGAUGCCAAUUCUAUUGAAAAUGCUGGAGCGUUGGCAUUGGCUGGAAGUGAAUUUUGA